AGGGAACCCGAUGCUGGAUGGAUGUCGGCAGAGGACGAGACAUGGGAAGCACCAUUUUGUGCCCUAUACGAGGUUUGCGGAGGGCGAGAUCAGGGCGUUGAUGGAGAGGGCUUCGGAGUGGGUUUCGUUGACACAAGGCACAGUGUGGGAUAAUGAGAUUCCACAACAUUUGAGGGUGAGAGGUGAGACGGACGAAAGCUUGCCGUUCGUGGGCGAGAGAUGGGAUAAUGUCUCCGAGGGGGAAUUCCAGAAGUUGUGGAGGAGGGGAGAGCCGUUGGUGUUGAGUGGAUGUCUGGAACGUAUGGAAAUCCAGUGGACGCCGGAAUAUUUUAUCGAGCAUUAUGGGGGGCAGAAUUGCCACCUCGUGAACUGCGAACAAUCCCAGGUGAUUCAGGCUACCGUCAAGAAGUUCUUCGAGAAUUUCGAGAAGGGUGAGCUGUACGGCCAUCGAACGCUCAAGCUGAAGGAUUGGCCACCAAAGGCGGAUUUCAAGACCGAGUUCCCGGCGCUGUUUGAGGAUUUCGAGCGUGCGCUUCCCUUUCCGCGGUACACCCGCCGCACGGGGUUCUUCAACAUCGCAUCCCGCUUCCCCUUGGCAUACCUCCCUCCCGACCUCGGACCAAAGAUGUACAACGCCUACGCAUCGAGCGACGAGGAAGGAGGUGCCGGCACGACAAAUUUGCAUUUGGACAUGACGGACGCGAUUAACAUCAUGGCGUAUGCGGCGGGAAGGCCUCCGGAGGGGAGGGAGGGGUGUGCUGUGUGGGAUAUUUUCCCGGCCGAGGCGACGGGGGUGUUGAGGGAGUUUAUCAAGACGGAGAUUAUUAAGGAUGGCAAGGGAGGUAAGGGUGGGGAGGGGGUGCGGGAUAUCGACGACCCGGUUUUGCGACAAAGGUUUUACUUGACGCGUCCACACCUCGCUCUUCUCCGCGCCAAAUACGGAAUUCGUCCUCACCGAAUUUAUCAAUCCCCCGGCGACGCAGUCUUUAUCCCAGCAGGCUGUGCGCACCAAGUCUGCAAUCUCACGAGUUGUAUCAAGGUUGCUUGUGAUUUCGUGAGUCCGGAGAAUGUGAGCAGGUGUGAGGUCAUCACGAGGGAGAAUCGGGGGUUGAGGGAGAGGUGUAAGAGGGAGGAUGUGUUGCAGUUGAGUAAUGUGGUUUAUUUUGGGUGGAAGGAUUUGGAGGAGGGGUUGGUUGGUGCUCAGGCUGGUCAGAACACUCCUCCGGUGCCGGCACAGGAGGAGGGGGAACAGCAAACGAUUUAGGAAGGCUAUGAAGACGAGGAAAAGAGAGACAAGGACGGGACAGGAUCAUUGGAAGACCCGGAUGCAGAGGCUCAGAAAGGCCAGACCGAAGAUGCGGUCAAGCUUUCUUCGGCUACAGAUUUGUCCAGCGCCGGCGAACGGAACGGUAAUGGGAUGAAAGAAGUACGACCGGACGCUGUCCACCUAGCGGGAGACGCAAAGCCCCUCUCAUAGACAGGAUCAAUUCACCUCGUAAUCCUCCAUCGGCA